AUGGCACACAUAUUCUUCCUAGACAGGUCUCCGUGCUUCUGUAACCGAAAGACCACUGCACAGGAAGCUGCGCUCUCAUUGGCUUCAUAUAAAUCAAAAAAGUGUACAAUUUUGAUUCCACGAGGAAUCCCUCAGCUUGAGGUGACCUUUGACAUCAACGCAAAUGGCACUCUGAACGUAUCAGCAGUAGACAAGAGCAAGGGCAAAGAGAACAAGAUCACCAUCCCCAACGACAAGGGGCGGAAAAUAGCAUCCAAGAACUCCCUGGAGUGGUACACCUUCAAUAUGAAGAGCAGCGUUGAGGACGACAAUGUGAAAGGCAAUGUCAGCGAGGAGGUCAAGAAGAAAGUGGUGGACAGGUGCAUUCAGGCCAUUUUCUGGUUGGAGGACGACAAAGAGGAGUAA